UUUAUUCCUUUCAUGCGCAAACGAAUACAUUCCACUCCUACGUAUUUCCUUCCGCUGACCGCUUUUUUAUUUACAAAUUUUUAAAAUUGACAUACUUUAAGAAAUCAAGGCAAUUAUGGCACAAUAAAGGAUUACCUCUGAAUAUGAAGAGAAAAGAAAUUAAGAUUAGACCAUGAAAGCAGCCGUUAGCAUGGCAACAUCGAAUUUACAUUACGAACACCACACGAAACUAUUAUCAACAAAAUCAAAACAACAAAAAAGUGUAUAAACAAUAUCAAACAACUCUCUAGGAAUACAAAAGUUUUUUUUCAGAAGAUUCUAUGAUUAUGCCUUAACUGAUUUCAAGGCUUUCAACAAUGCCGUAUGAGGUCUUUUCCUGUUUGAAGUUCGUUGUUCAAAACGUGGCUAUGAUUGGCUGAAAAUCGUAGUGUUUUGUUUUGCAUUUGUAUUGCUUGUGAAGAGUCUUUUGUUCUCCAAACCACCCUCCGGCAGUCAUUUUUUUAUACACAUUUCAAAUUAUUCAUCAAUCCUGCACAAGAUUUCAAAGAUAUUUGACGUUUACCGAAGCUGAAAGUYUCUGUUUUAGGAAGCCAAGUUCAAGUCUGUCGCCCUGAGGAAAGCAUAAAGACAGUUGUUACCAAACUUGAGAAGAGGGAGGCUUCGAGAAAAGGAAUGAUAACUGCUUAUUUGUGUUUUAAUCAACAUUUGUUGACUCGUUUAAUAAGCAUMGAUCAAUCCAAAGAGUGACUGAUUACAUACUUGGACUGCAGCUGUCUUCUAGUACUUUGGAAAACUUUGGCUAUCGCUGCCAAAGACAAGCCGAACAAGAGUACGAUCAAGAUUAAUUAUUUCUUGAAAUUCAAACUGGAAUUUCAGCUCAAGUUCACUACUUCGUAAGCAGUUAARCGAGAAAGACUUGCUUGAAAUUGAACUCAGCUACUUUACUAUUUAUGUGUUUUGCGAUUCAAGAAGACGAACGAACGACAGCAUGCAAUAAAUUGCUUAGUGACUUGCUCCAGCUUUCUACGUCUUAGAGUUUUGCGUUGUAAAAGAAAACGUCCGAGCCAAGGCAGACAUUUCACACUUGUUAAGUGAARAGAGAGCACCCGAAAGACCAAGCCAAGACUUUGGAUUUUUCGAUACAACUCAGAAGACUUCAGUUCAACACAAAGGUUUUAACAUUCGCGUGGUAUCCYGUUGUUUACAUUUUUUCAAGUAUUCCCAUCAAAACACUCGUAAAAGUUGGCUUUCUUUGGCCAAACUAAGAUUGCUACACAUUUUAAAGCAUAGGAAUCUACGUUCUAGAACUCUACAAGUUUUUCCGGGGUAUUGAUAAGAUACUCGGAUGGUUUACACGGAAGGUGCCAGCCAUCUUUCGAGGCAACGGCCCAUUAGAUACCCAAGUCACCUCUAAGCAUCGACAUAAAAGCAUCACCGUGUGUCUUGAUGGACUGUCAUAUUUKGUGACCCAUUGAAUCAACAACAAAGCUUUAGCUGAACUACUGACGCAUUCAGUACGUCGAGUUUGUAUGUUUAAGGAUUUGAUUAGCGGCUUCAAAAUCAACAGUCUUUCUAAUUCUUUAGACACGUAGCAAGUUUUGAUCGGAUUUAUUAUGCCUGAUCAAAUGAGUCUGACCGAUGGAAUUAGCCCUUACCUUAACACCAUCUAUCUAUGUGUCGCACUGUUGACCAUACUAUGUUCUCUUGUCUGUAAUUUAUUCGUAAUUACAAUAAUAUAUGGCUGGAACGAAAUCCUGAAGCCACURGACUGGUUCAUGAUAAACCUCUUGUCCUGGGAUAUCGUGUCGUUGUUAUUUGCAACGUUGACGGUCGACAAUGUCGAAAUGAAUUGGCAUAUCUCUGACGUUUUCUGCAAGGCCAGUUUUUCAAUGGUAUACAUAGGUUAUGGAGUAACGGUYCUGACACUUUGCGCGGUAUGCCUCGAAAGGUAUUAUGGGAUCUGCAAACCCGUGUCGUACCAGAAGUGUAUAAAUUCCAUGACCUGGAAGUGGGCAUUUCCUGGAAUAUGGCUUCUCARCUUCGCUUUGUUUGGUGUCUAUUUCCACGUKUWUGGCAGAAAAACCGUCACAACUCCAGGUGGAGCACUAGGGCACGUCUGUGACGAGACSUGGAAGACUGGGUCCAGUGGCAUCUUCUACUUACUCGUCCCAGUCCUCCUGCUUACAGUUGUACCUAUAAUCUUCMUGGUUCUCACGUUUGUCAAGAUAAUCAAGAAACUUAAAGUGUCUCGCACACCAUCCUCGGGUGGGAGUGCYGUGCUUUACAUGAGACGAAGGCAAACAGUCAAAAUGUUGGUAUACUUGGUACUCGUUCAUUACCUUUGCUGGUUGCCUGCCAUCAUCUUGAAACUUGUUGGCACGUUUGRGACCCAAUCACCAUGGUACUGGAUCACACUGGCGUUUUGUGACCUACCCCAUUAUGCACGUGCCAUAUUUUACACCCUGAUAUACUACAGGAUGUACCACGUUUUCACGAGGASCUCAGGGGUGGCUUGUAAAGACUGCUUUUGCUGCUGCACUACGAGAAAGAAGAGUUUACAUUAAUGAACACCAAGUCAAAUAGGAUUCUUUUUACUAUUAUUAUGAAUUUAUAACUGAUUUAUAAACUUAUUUUUAUACACAAACCACCAAUAUAUGCAYCAUUGUUGUCGAAAUUGAUUAAAUUCAGUGUCCAUACUUACUUCUUCAUUCCAUCUCGUCUGAAAACCAGUUCCAUGUACCCUAUACCGAAAUGCUCUCUCAAUUGCUCUUUUAAGAAUUUCGUUUUCAGGUCAAGCAAUGCUCCUUGGAGUUCAGCUUCAUCGGGAAAGUGGCGCGGUUCAAGGAGCUGARUGUCAGAAGGAGGACCUCUUUUACUAAAGAUAUCUGUUUAAGGGGCGAGUUUCAUUUCAGACGAAAAUCCUGUUAAAAAAUAAAAAGGAUAGAAUAAAUAUGAAUUGCAUGGUAGCGAAGAGAAAUCUUGACAAACUCAUUUAGGGCAAAUUUUGUUAAGAAACAAAAUGGUAAAGAAACAUUCUAUCUACGACGUUUGACUCUCAAGUGGCGUCCACUCCAAACAAAUGAAAAAGAGAAGUAAAAGAAGAGGAAAGAUGAAAGAGAAUACAGAAAGGAAACGAAAUGAGAMCGAGCGGGGAAGAAGGACAUGUGAGGACGGAGCCGGAACUGAUACAUCAUCUACACAUCUCUACUUCAACCACCGCACCAGUUUGCCUUAAUUCCCCCUAUUAAUCUAUUAAUAUAUAUAUAUUUUUUACAAGCUUGAUAAUCUAAACUUACACACAAAUUGAUAAAUACGCACUACAGCCAGUACACUUGGAGCACCUAGUCCAUAAUGCAACGGGGCCCGACUAACGUAAUCCCGAAUAGCCACAARUUACUGUACCACGGUUUUAACAAUGAAUGACAAACUAUAAUCAUAGAAUUAUUUCUAGUUCCACAUGGACUAUAAGCUAGAAAACAAUUGUACUAUCAUGGAAAGGAGAACUGGUUACUUUAAUUUUAAGUAAUUUUCUAUGACAYACGUACAUGUCCUUUGCCAUUUCUUAUUUUCGUUUAGUUUCAAAAAUUAAAGAAUUUUCACAACUC